UGGGAGUUGAGCAGAAAACAGCCUCAGCGAAGCUAUUAAAAUCCACCCGUGCGGCACUGUGUGACAGCCAUAAAAGAGGGCCCGUCCCCCACUCGAUGCUGUACAAACCGCUUCCGAUCUACGUACCAGACAUCAGCCGGAUGGAUACCGGUCAGCGCAAUUGAUCGUGGUCUCAACCCAGCCCACCCGUCGUCAAGACAAACGCAGGCCUGACUUACUGGCCGUGGGACUCUCUCCAGAAAAGCAGCCUCAGAGGAUGGCCACAGCAGGACACCAGACAGGAAGAUCAGACAGCAGAGUAUUUGAAGCCACUGGGAUUUUGACAUGUUACAUUCUAAGGAGCCCUGUAGAGUGAAAUCCACUCCAGGAAUCUGUGAUCCGCUGAGUUAUUGUAAGUAGCUCUAAACUGGCACAUAGUCAGUUUGACCCCAAAUUGAUCCUCUCACUAAAUCAAAACUAAAUCCACCUCUUUCUUUGGAGGGGAAAUUGACACACACUCACGCACACCUCCAAAUCAGUCAUCGUCUCAAUUUCUUUUUAAUUUAAGCCCACUCAGGCCUCUUCUGCCUUCUCCUCCCCAUGUGCUGAGAAAAGGAAAGCGAAAGCCUGGCUGGCUGCCCAGCCCCGAAGUCUCUGCUUGGGAGGAGCCAGCGAGGUUUCUGCUCACCAUGACUCAGGUCAAGUGCUGGCCAGCCCGGGGAGGAGACCAGGAAGUGCCGGGGGUAAAAGGGGGGAACUGAAGGCACUUUUCAGCAAGUUGCGAGAAGUUGGCUGUGGUGGGGACUGGCCCAUUGCUCAGAGCUGCGAGCCCGGGGGCGGGGAGAGAAGUGAAACUUACAAUAACUUUUUGUUAUUGUUUGGGUCGCUUUUUGUUUUUUUGGAUCGUGGUUGUGUCUGGCUUCUCCCAACGCCUGAGCCCCCAUCAGCUCAGGGCCAGGCAGCCUGGGCAGCGCCCCCCCAAAAAAAUAGAAGAGAAGAGGGGAAAAACUACAAGCAAUAGGCGCCCCCCCCCCUUGCAGUUGGACGCUGCUGGAAGACAGGUGGGGUGCGGAGACCCGGCUGCUGUGAAGGCGGAGCUGGCUGCAGCGGGGCUCUCCCCUGGAGGAUUGGGCUGCGUCGAGGCGCCCCAUGGCGGCCGGCAGUGAUGCCCCUGCGGCCCCGCCGUGCGCCCGGCUCGCUCGCCUCAAACGCUCCCGCCGUUUGGCGUUCCGCCUCCCCGUUGCGCUGCAGAUCAAGGCCCAGGCGCAGCUGCUCCGCCACCGUCCCCCAGAGCCGGCUGGGGCCGCCGCAGCCCCCAGCCUGCCCUCCCCGGCGCCCCCCGCUGGCGACCCCCACGGGGAGCGAGUGGAGCUGGCGCUGCGGGAGGCGGAGGCGGCUCCGGAGCUGGCCCCCGAGGCCGGGCCUGGGUGCGAGGAACUGACCUUGGACCACCUGCUGGAGAUCGUGGCCCAGCUGGAGUACCACACCCACCCCGAAGAUGGGGUGGAGAUCUGCCCCCUCUUCCUCCUGGGCUGCUGCUUCUCUGGGGCCUGCUGCCCCCAGCACCACACCCUGCUGCCCUACCACUGGCAGCUGUGGCAGACGGCCAGCCUCCCGCCUGGCUGGCUGAGCGUCGGGCCCGAGGCCCACGAGACGCUGGAGCGGCUCUACAGCGACCCCGAGCGCACCCUUGUGCGGGCCUCCUACCAGGGGGUCGCCUUCGACAUCGACCUGGUGGCCAUGCAGGUGUGGAACAGCCCCCGCUUCAGCCGGGUCCGGCGCCUCGGCACCUCGUCCGCACCUGGCUCCCCCUUCGGCACCACCCACGUCUACUACUGGCGAGCGCUCGGCGGCUGGGAACCGUACAGCCAGCCCUUCACGGAGAGCAUUGAGACGGCGCUGUGGAGCGGGCAGCAGGAGGCGCUGUGCAGCACGGCCGAGCACAGCUACCAGCUUAACCUGCGGGCCGGCUACCAGCGCAACCUGGCUACGGGCACCCUGCGCCCCCUGCGGGCCCGGCCCGUCUUCCGCGCCCCCGCCCUGCUGCUGCCGGAGCUACGGACGCUCUCCGGCAGCCUGUACCUGGGCCCCCCGCCAGCCCCGGGCCCCCCCCCGGCGCAGCCCUACCCCGAGACCUGGGUGCCACUGGCCCCCGGGCAGGACUGGCACCAGGCUCCGGUGGCGGUGGAGGAGCGCGGCUUCCGCCUCAUCUACGGGCUCUUCCACAAGAGCCUGCCCGAGGCACGGUACCGCCUGGAGCGCGUCUGGCGGGUGCAGAACCCCUUCCUGUGGGACAAAUACAAGCGGAAGCAGAGCCACAUGAGCCGGCAGAUGUCCCCGGAGCAGCGGCUGCGGAACGAGCGUCACCUCUUCCACGGGACAGCGGCGGGUGUGGUGCCGGCCAUCUGCAAACACAACCUGGACCCCCGUCUGUCAGGGAAACACGCCGCCAUCUACGGGCAGGGCAGCUACUUCGCCCGCCGGGCCAGCUACUCCCACCGCUACGCGCCCCCGGCCGAAGCCGGCCUGCGCCACGUCUUCCUCUGCAAGGUGCUGGUGGGGCGCUCGGCCCUGGGGCAGCCGGCCCUGCGCCGGCCCCCGCCCCUGGACCCCGGCGACCCAGCCAGCGACCUGUAUGACUCGUGCGUGGACAGCCUGAGCGACCCCCAGAUCUACGUUGUCUUCGACAACGACCAGUGCUACCCCUACUUCCUCCUCCAGUACCGCGAGCUGGAGGAGGUGGUGAAGGUGGACUGAGGAAGAACCCAGGAGUCCUGCGGCCAACCCCAGCUGGAGUGAGGGGGAAAGAACCCAGGAGUCCUGCGGCUGCCCUCUGGAUUUUCCGGCUCUGUCUUCAAGGGGGGAUGGGGCUGCCCCCCCAGGAGAUGACGGUGUGGGGUGGAUACAAGGAGGCCAGAGGGACAGGAUGUCCUGUGGAAGGGGCCAGUGCAGCCGUGAUUGGUCUGGGUUGGGUCCAGCCGGAAGUGAUGUCACGAGACCCAAUCCGUCCGCCUGGGGUCCAGAAGGAAGUGAUGUCAUUCUACAGCAGGCUGUGAUGACAUUGGACCCAACCCAGCCGCUCUGGGUCCUGCAGGAAGUGACGUCAUGCUACGGGACUCCAGCAGGAAGUGACGUCCGCCAAUGGGCUUGGCUGCUCGCAGGCCUUGAUGUCACGUAUGAAAGCUACGCCAGGCCAUGAUGUCAUUACAGAGCCAACCAACGGGGUGCAGGACCAGUGGGAGGCCCCGCCCACUCUUACAAACCAGAUUCUGAUUGGACACAAACUAAGCGUGGCCCACAGGAGGCCCCGCCCACUUUGCCAAACCUGCUCCCGAUUGGCAGAGAGGGCUGUCUAGCUGAACUUGAACCUGGGACUUGCCUACAGGCGUCUCCUGCUGCUUUACCAAGGGGGCGUGGGGCUGGUUGUAGGGUCCAGGCUUGGGCCAGG